AUGAAACCGCUUGAUGUGGUGUUGCUUAUUAUUUUUUCUUUUCUUAUCAUUUAUUGUAAUGGUUCAGCCAAUGUACACGUAUCCGAUUCAUUCAUUGUUGAUGAUGCAGGACGUAUACGAAUUUAUCAUGGUCUUAAUCUUGUUAUGAAAGGAUUUCCAUGGUAUCCAUCUGAAUUACUUGAUCCAAUUAAAGUUGCAAAUUUAUCACAAUUUGGAAUUAAUUGUAUUCGACUUGGAAUGAUGUGGGCAGGUGUUGAACCUGAACCACAAAAAUAUAAUAUUACUUAUUUAAAUAUAAUGAAACAAAUCAUUGAAUUACUUGAAUCAAAUCAAAUAUUUGUUUUAUUGGAUAUGCAUCAAGAUUUAUUAUCUAGUCGAACAGGAAGUUAUGAUGGUAUACCAGCGUGGUUAUAUGAUAGAUUUCCUCCACCAGAUCAUCCAUACCCUUGGCCACUUCAAUCAGCAACACGUGUAAGCUGUUAUCUAACAGAAGCAUGUUCCCAUGGAUUUCAAUGUUUAUAUGACAAUACGUCUGGUGCUACUGAAUCGAUGGGUAAUUUUUGGCGAUUAGUCGCUACAACCUAUAAAGAACAUUCUAAUGUACUUGGGUAUGAAAUAAUCAAUGAACCUUGGGCAGGAAAUUAUCUUGUCAAUCCGACUUUAUUUCUACCAGGCAUAGCUGGUGCUAAAAAUUUACAACCAUUCUAUAACAAAAUAGCUAAAUUUAUUCGUUCAGUCGAUAAUGAUACAUUAAUUUUCUAUGAACCAGUAACUUGGGGUGUUCGAUUAAACGGUAAAUAUUUUGGUACAGGAUUUACUCAUGUACCAGGUGGUGAUGAUUAUCGUAAUCGAAGUGUCCUUUCUUAUCAUUAUUAUUGUAUAAUUCUAUCUGUUAUACCCAUUCCAGACAAUAGUACAAUACCAAUUUUUGAUCGAGUUCUUUGUGAUGAUGUUGAAGGACCAGCAGUAUUUCGUUCUGUAGAAAUUGAUCUUGCUCAACUAGGUGGUUCAGCAUUUUUAACUGAAUUUGGUGGUUGUGAUGAAUCACCAACAUGUGAUGAACAACUUGAUUGGGGUUUAAAUGCUGCUGAUGAAUUUUUACAGUCAUGGGCUUAUUGGGGUAAUUAUUUUGAUCAUGAGCCAACAAUGAAACGUUUAUCUCGUGUUUAUGCACGUGCUAUAGCUGGUAAACCUCUUGCAAUGCAAUAUAUAGCUAGUCAACGUCAAUUCUAUUUAUCGUAUUACAUUGAUCCAACAAUUAAACAACCUACAGAAAUUUAUGUAUCACCAUUACUAUAUCCACAACAAAGUUAUAAUGUAACUGUUAAUAGAGCCUUGAAAUGGAAAACUGAUUCAACAAAUGCUAAUAUUAUUCUUGUUGAACCUAAUGAACAGUUUUUCAAGAGUAAAAAUCAAGCUAUUAUUGGUGUUGUUGAAAUUCGUCCAACUAUGUGA